CGGCUUGUUGGCAAUGUUGCAAGAACUACAAGCAUGACCAUGGGCAGGAUCGUUUUCUUCGAGGAGAAGAACUUCCAGGGCCGCACCUACGAGUGCAGCAGCGACUGCGCCGACGUCCACCAGCACCUGAACCGCUGCAACUCCUGCAGGGUGGAGAAUGGCUGCUUCGUGCUCUACGACCGCUCCAACUUCAUGGGCAACCAGGUCUUCCUGAAACGGGGCGAGUACUCCGACCUGAUGCGCAUCGGGAGCAUCACGGGCUUGGGGGCGGUGAUGCUGGACACGGUCCGCUCUUGCCGCCUGAUCCCCAUGCACAGGGGGCAGUUCCGGAUGAAGAUCUACGAGCAGGAGAACUUCACGGGUCAGACGCAGGAGCUGCUGGAGGACUGCGAGUCGCUGCAGGACCGCCUGUACAUGUCCGACUGCCAGUCUUGCAACGUGAUGGAGGGCCACUGGCUGCUGUUCGAGCAGCCCAACUUCAGAGGCCGCAUGAUCUACGUGAGGCCGGGAGAGCACAGGAGCCUGCGGGAGAGCGGCAUGAGCAACAUCAUGAGGAUCAGCUCCAUCAAACGCAUCAUGGACGUGUGCUGAUUACCGGUCAUGUCAUAAACUGUCAAUCCAAAUAAAGUCAA